AAAUGGUGUUAUAGAAUUCCCAGAGUUCCUGACGCUAAUGUCACGAAAAAUAAAUGAAAUCGACAAUGAAGAUGAAAUAAGGGACGCUAUUAAUAUAAUUUUUAAGGACAGAGAAUAUGUGAGUGCUGUAGAAAUAUGGUAUCUAAUGAGAAAAUUUGGCGAUAAAUUGUCUGACGAAGAAGUCCAAGGUUUUAUAAACCAAAGCAGAACUGAUGGAGAUGGUAAAAUCAGAUACGAAGAUUUUCUUAAAGUUAUGGGAGUAAAACCGAAGUGCGAAUGAGGCAGCAACAGUGUCCUUGGUUUAUUAUUUAUAUAAAUCAAA